UCGAAGACGAUCGCGGAUCCGGGAAAGUCUGCGGGAAACGAAACGAGACUAGAAAGGCUCUGAUCGUGCCGUCGAUAAAAUUAUUCCUUAACACAUAAUUUUUGUGUUCUUCGAUUGGAGACACGUUUUUCUCCUCUUUCUCUCUUUCCUCGGAAUAUUCGUCAUGUGUUCUGUAUUUUUGAAAGCGAAAGUAAUGUGAAACGUGAUUUGUGCGUAGUCUUCUAUUUGCGCGUUGCUUCUUCGAAACGAAUGAUAAAUACGAACUUGGGAUAAUCUUAAACUGAUAUAAGAACGAAGAAUGAAGGGUUCGCGAUUUUCGACAUUGCAGUUGUUUUUGUUUCUUCGGUGAAGUGUUUCGAUAGCUCAAAGAAUGAAUCUGCUUAUCAAAAGAUCUUAAAUCGUUUUACUUUUUUUUUCGUAUCUAUUUCCAAAAUCGUCAUAAUGACUUUUCCUGAGAUUGGAAUAUGAUUUUCUCUUAUAAUAUUUUCCCUUUGAAAACGAUUUCUUAGAAAUUAAUCUUGAAUCUUAUGGUUGGUAUCAGAGCUUAAUCUUCGAUUAUAGAAGACAAAUUUUUGGUUAUUCGAGACGAUAGAAAGAGGAGGACUUUCAUCGAAAAAAACAACGCGGGAAAAAUAACUUUCUGUUUGAUUGAAAAUAAUUCGUGUUCCAAUAAAGCUACGAUCGACAUCUGUGUGAUAAAUUGAGCAUUGAGCAUGUCUUCCAGAAUGCAGCACCAUCUAUGAUUCUAUCAUGUUAAAAGCUAUUGAUUCUAAUUCUUAACCUCACUUUUUUCUAUUUCAUCAAGGAAAUGGCAUCUCGCGUAUUAAGAUUAUUUGGAACAAUUAAUUCUUUAAAAAAUUAUUAUGUCGUGGAAAAUGGAAACAAGAUUUUUUCUUCCAUUUAUAAACAUAAUUUUUUAAAGUCUCAUAUUCCCUUAAUCGACAAUAGUCGGAGUACGGCAUUUUUUAAUAAACGUCCUGCUGAACAAUUAUGGAAAGGUGUAACCAGCGUUAGCAAUGCAGGUAAACGGAGAGGCAGAGCACGUGGAUUGGCAAGAAAAAAGGAUUUAAAUAAAGGUCAAAUUAUUGGCCAGGGUAGAAUUCCAAUACAGUUUCCUGGGUUAAAUAUUCCAAUUAUUAGAGGAAAAGAAAUAUUAACUCAAAAGAAACUACCAGAGGAUCCUGAAAGACAAGAAAAACUUGUUAAAUUACGUGAUUCUAUAUCAGUUCGCAAAUCCAUUAAAUUGAGUCCUUUGGAACGUGGUUGGACAAGUCAUAAACCUGGAGGCAUGAAAAUAGGUCCUCCUGAACCAGUGGGUGAAGAUACAUUUGAUGGCUUUGAAUCAUGGGUACUGGAAUCUAAGGUAGUAUCCACUAUGACUCAUAAUUUAGGACGUAAAAAUAGGAUUAGUACAAUGGUUAUAACUGGUAAUGGAAACGGAUUAGCUGGAUAUGCCAUAGCAAAAUCAAAGGAAAUAAAACAGAGUCUAAAUAUAGCCAAGAGAAAAGCUGGAACCAAAGUGAUGUACUUUAAUAGAUACAAUGAUCAUACUGUGAUGCAUGAUUUUUUUACACAAUGUGGAAGGACAAAGAUAUACGUACAUAAAAUGUACGAAGGGUAUGGUCUCAUUUGCCAUAGAGUGAUAAAAUGUUGUUGCCAAGCGAUUGGUAUAAAGGACAUUUACGCUAAAGUAGAAGGUGCUAUAAAUUAUCAAAACAUCGUUAAAGCAUUUUUGAUGGGUCUUUUACAGCAGAAAACAUUCCAACAAAUGGCGGAUGAGAAGCAAUUACAUUUGGUCGAAUUUAGAAAAGAAAACGACGAUUUUCCUGUCGUUGUUGCCUCUCCAGCUCGUUGUAGGACAGAAGACGAAAUAAAACCAGACGAAAUUUUAGAUUUUAGUCAAUAUUUAAUGGACGGAAAUAUUAUAUUGAAGAAAAAGAAACCUCCCCCAUUUUAUACUAAGCUUGAUUCUUGGAUUAUACGUCAAAGAAGAAUGGAACGUAUUAGAAAUAAAAAAGAUGUUAAAUUAAGAUUACUUGCAGAAUAUGGUGUGGUUCGUAGUUUCCUUGCUGAUAAAUAUCCAGAAGCAAGAGAAGUAUUAUGGUCUAAGAAACGGGUGCAAGAAGAAAAAGAAGCGAAGGGAGAAUAAUUUUAGAAUAUUUUUUCAAGAUUGUAGGAAUCUAUUUAGUUGUAAAUAAAAUGUGACUAAUAACACUCAUAAAAGUAAAAUUAAAGAAUGAUUUGAAGAAAGAAUCUAUGAAUAAAAUUAUAAUCAAAUGAAAAA